AUGGCGAUAAGGACGUCUCUGUCCGCCUGCGUUCAUUCUGGAUCUAGAUGUGCGUUGCCAGAGACAGUAAACCUAGGAAUCCAACUAACUUCCGCCAGAAACGCCAUCUCGACGGACGCCAUUUUGUUGACGACACGGGAUAGUCAUCGAAACAACGAUAACAAUACUGUUACCAUGUUAGAAGGUGAAAGCGAUGUUUGUCCAGAACGCCUGGACGAGCUGGACAACACAUUACACACUCCAGUCCGACACCGGGCAACAUGUCCAUACUAUAUGGUCAGCGAGCAUAAUCCCUACCGUUUCCCAUCUACUCUGACAAGCGUCCGAUGUCGGUGCCAAGACUGCCUGGAAGCGAGUGGUCGAAGCUAUGACAACGUAUGCGAACCAGUCUACGUCACAGAGGUUGUGUUGAUGCGAGGAGAAUGUGAAAAUGGCAUCUACAAAUAUAAUCCAGCUGAAGUCCAAAUACAAGUAGCCUGCACGUGUGCCAGACGUAGAGAGCAUGAAAGUACACACGACAGCGUAGGACCAGUGUCCAUAUAA